UAUAUGUGACUAUCCUCAGAAAAAAAAUAGCCCGAAACGCCUAUCCAGUAUCCAGUUGAAAUUCACGAAUGGAUUUCAAGUUUUAUCGAUUUUAUUCCCUAAAUUAAAGAUAUGACUGUGAUUUUGAUGAAAACUUCUCCGAUUAUUUACAGGACACGAUUGUUUACCGUCCUUAAGGGUUGCCACACAUUUUUUGGCACAUUUCUCGCUUGCAAAAAACAGCUACAGAGAGAAUUUUGUGCAGGUCAAAGGGUUAAAUUUGAUAGCAAAUACUUCUGCAGGAGAAGCCAUGUUGUUUCAUGGAACGCAAUAAUCACUAAGUAUGUUAAUGUUGGCCAAUUAGAAGAUGCACGUCAAGUGUUUGACAAAAUGCUGCAGCGAGAUGUGAUUUCGUGGACUGCUAUGAUUGCAGGCUAUGCCAAAAACGGGAGAAUGGAGGAGGCUUGCCAAAUGUUUGACAAAAUGCCUGAACGGGAUAUCGUAGUAUGGAAUGCAAUGCUUGCAGGAUAUGUUCAGAAUGGGAGACUAGAUGAUGCACAUGUACUCUUUAGAAGGAUGCCUAAGAAAAAUGCAAGCUCAUGGACUACAAUGAUUACAGGAUGUUUCGGGAAUGGUAGAGUUGACGAUGCGCGCCAACUGUUUGACAAAAUGACACAAAGAGAUGUUGUCUCGUGGACUGCAAUGGUUACAGGUUAUGUACAGAACGGAAGAUUAGAAGAAGCACGCCAAGUGUUUGACAAAAUGCCUCAACGAAAUGUGGUCUCCUGGACUGCAAUGAUUGCAGGAUAUGCUCAAAACGGACAGUUUGAAGCAUUGAAACUGUUUUCUGAAAUGCGACGAUCAGGUGUGAAACCAAACGAGUCGACUUUUAGUGCUGUUCUGAAUGUAUGUGCAAGGCUGGCGGCUAUGGAAUUUGGUAAGGAGAUUCACGCUCACAUUGCCAAAACUGGGUAUGAAUCGAAUGUCUUUGUGGGGAAUGCGCUAACUAAUAUGUAUGCUAUGUGUUGCAGCAAUGAUGCAGAGACAGUGUUUGAUCAAAUGCCUGAACGGGAUAUCGUUUCAUGCAAUGCAAUGAUUGCAUUUUACUUUAAGAGCAGGAGAAUAGAUGAUGCAAGUCUGUUGUUUGACAGAUUGAAAGAACCAGAUGUGUUCUCGUGGACUACGAUGAUUUCGGGAUAUACCCAAAAUGGUUAUUAUGAAGAGGCAUUGAAACUCUUUAUUGAAAUGCAGCUUAGUGAAACGAAACCUAACGAGUCCACUCUCACAAGCAUUCUCAGUGCAUGCGCCAGCAUAGUUGCAUUGGGACAAGGCCAGAAGGUGCAUUCGCAUAUCAUCAAGAGAGAGUUUCAACAUAAUCUCUGUGUAGGGAAUUCUCUUAUUACUAUGUAUGCAAAAUGUGGAAGCGUAGAUGGUGCAAGCCAAAUAUUUAAACAAAUGAAUGAAAAAGAUGUUGUUUCAUGGACUGCGAUUAUUUCAGGAUAUGCUCAACACGGUUGUAGCAUGGAGGCAAUUCAUCUUUUUGAGCAAAUGCAGUUAUGUGGGAUGAAGCCUAAUGAGAUAACUUUCAUCGGUGUUUUGACUGCAUGUAGCCACACUGGUCUUGUAGAUGAAGGCCUUCGCUACUUUGAUUCUAUGUCUCACGAUCAUUCCAUAACACCAACAGUGGAUCAUUAUUCCUGCAUGGUUGACCUUCUUGGUCGCUCUGGACAACUUACCAAGGCCGAGGAAUUCAUUAGCAAGAUGCCAUAUGAACCUGACACUGUUGUGUGGAAUGCCUUGCUUGCUGGUUGCAGAAUCCAUGGCAAUAUAGAGAUAGGCAAACGUGUAGCAGAUCUCCUUAUUGAGUUGGAGCCACAAAACAUGACGCCCUAUGUAAUGUUGGCAAAUAUUUAUGCUGCAAAUUCUCAAUGGGAAGAUGCAUCAAGACUAAAAAGAAUGAUGGAAGAUACUGGAGCUAAAAAGAAUCCUGGAUGUAGUUGGAUUGAGGUCAAGAAUAGUGUUCAUACAUUUGUUGCAGGAGACAGGUCUCACCCAGAAACAGAAAGGUUAUAUGCAGCAUUAGAUAGUUUGUUUGCACAGAUGAAGGCAGCAGGUUAUGUUCCUAACACAAACUUUGUGCUGCAUGUUGGGGAUGAUGAGCAAUAGAACAUGAUUUUUGACAUUGCAGUUUGAAGUCAAACAAGUCUUUUAUCAAGUUUUCUGGUUGCCUUUUUGUUGCCCAAAACGCUAAAUACUUUGAAGCUCUCAAUGGUAGGCAUUUAUUUGGAGAUUACAGCUGAUGACUUGAACUAGUGUCCUUGAUUGCCAUUCAAGCACAAUUGCUUUGUUCCUAAGCAAUUUGUUGAUGAAAUUCUUACUUUUGCUGGGCUGCGGUCCAAAGAAAAGUCGUAGAGGACUUAAUGAGUUUUUCACCACCCGGCUCCACUAGACAGCACCACUUCCCGAGUACUCAUGACAGAGGAGGAAAUUCUCUUCCUUUUCAUUUGCACAGCUUAGGUUGUCACUGCAGCCCGUUGGUAUUGGGAUAUAGUUGGUAACAAAUCCUUAAUUUCUUGGGGCAACGCCGAAUUCAAUUGGUAAGCACAAGUUAAGGUUCCGGAUUCUUUUUAUGUAGGUUUAAGGUUGGCGUUUCGUCAAGUUUACCCAAUGACAGUGGCUAUUGGGCUGUUGCUGUCAUCUUGUGGUUUAUAAGGGGAGAGCUCGCCUUGUCAAGAGCAUUGAGAGUUCUGAUAAAAAGGGUCUGAGCUCAAAGCCGGUGGCCUCCCUCAUCUUGAUUUCCAUAGUUUAAAAAAAAGAUCUUUGUUGGGAAUGUGAAGUCUGACAGUCACAUGACCAUUUCUUUCCACUUCUUCCUGUCUCUUCAUAUUCGAAGAGUUAGACAUUUGUAUAUAAGAAUGAGUGCAGAUCAUGUAUUGUGUAUCUGAUGUCGAUUAAUAGAAGUUAUCCCUGCUUGAGAGUGGACAUAGCCUUUAUGGUGAACCACUAUAAAUCUUAUGUCUCGUGUUCUUAUGUUAUUUUCUUUUUUCUGUCUCGUGUCCUUAUGUUAUUUUCUUUUUUCUGUUUGUGUUGUUUAUAUGUUUUCCUCCACUCGUUUUAAAUUAACAGUCUUAUGGACUCCCUUCUUCUGCCAUCUACAUAAACAAGACACCCAAAAACAGACUCAAACUGAACUGAUUAAUGCACAACAACCAUAAAAUGUCCCUCGACUAGAAGGCAACAGCAUCCACUGCCAUAGAGCUUCUUGCUAAGCUCACAACGCUCUUGCAAUGCACGUUAGGGGUUAU